UUUAUGGGAAACAUGAAAAAUUGUUGUUCUUAAAUGAAUCAAUACUUGCGAAUAUUAUAAACGUGUUUAAAAGUGAAACGGAGUAUUGUGUGUUGCCUACUCUCCAAUGUAACUAUUAUAUUAGUUUCAAACCAUUUUCGUACAGUAACUACAAUGUAUUAGUUAAAAAUGCAAAAAUAAACCAUGUGAAAAUUUUGAAUCCACAUCUAAAUCACAGAAUUCUAAAUAAAUUCUAGUUUAUAUCGAGACUCGGGUGGUUGCACGAAGUCAACAUUAGUUAUUUGACAUAACCCCAGAGCCUGUGACAUAACCCUUUUCGAUGAAAUUUCUAACUGUGUUUAGUGUUAAAUAUUAAAGUUAUUUAGUUUUAAAUGAGUUACAUGAUAAAAAACACGAAUAACGUUUCCUAAUUGUGCGAACAAAUACAUAUAAAAUGUAAUUCCAUUCAAUAUUGACUCUUCAUGUAGUGUACAUAUACUUGUAUGGUUGUUUUUAAUUUUUGAUGAUACAGCACGAACAACUGAUUGAAUGCAAGAUAAAUAUGGAUAAAACUAUUUUAUGACAUAGACAUAACUUGUAAAUAUGACCACAAUUCAUUGGCAAAUCCAAAGAUUACCCAAAUCACUUUAUUAUUUAUUUAAGUCAUUUUUCCAAAAAUGUCGCAUAACAUUCCGUUCCUUAACUUACAACCAUUUUAUGGAUCAAAGCUAUGCAGCAGAUGUAUGUAUGGAACCCAUGUUUUGGUUUGUCGACAAUUUCACUUAUGCAAUAGGACCAUUAUUUGUUGUUGCUGUAAUAGGGCUGACCAGUUCAGUAGUGUUUAUUGCAUAUUGGAUAGGUCUUCCAUAUUGGUGGCAGCGUAAUCCUUACCUAUGUGUUAUUCUAGUCAUUAUAGGACACUGGUUGCUCCUUAAUAUAUCGUUCCACUAUUACAUGGCUGUUAUCACACCACCUGGUUACCCUCCUCAGGGAGAACUCAUUACUGAAGCUGUUAGUAUAUGUAAGAAAUGUAUUGCACCAAAACCUCCAAGGACACACCAUUGCUCAGUUUGUAACAGAUGUAUUCUAAAAAUGGAUCACCAUUGUCCGUGGUUGAACAACUGCGUUGGGUAUAAGAACCAUCGAUAUUUUUUUAUGUAUAUGGUAUAUAUGGUUUUGGGAGUCCUUUUUGUGAUAAUUUGUGGUGUUGAUAUUGCUUAUUCAGCUAUAAUGUUAACAGGGGAUGAUCCAGAUGAACCUGAAUUGGAAGGCCAUCCAGUGAAAUUUAAUAAGACUGGUGCUCUUAUUCCAGUGACUGAUGUACUUUACAUUGAUACUCCUGUAGUGGUUGACGAAUUUAGCGAGAAUUACGAACCAAAUAAUCCUUGGAGGAGAAGAGCUAUUAUUUACAUGGCUCUAAUCAAUAGUGGAGUGUUUGUUGCUCUUGGUGUGUUAGCAAUUUGGCACAGUCGUUUGAUAGGUAAAGGAGAAACGAGCAUAGAAGGCAACAUAAACAAAGCAGAAACUCAAAGAUUGGCGGAAAUCGGCAGAAUUUACAUAAACCCGUAUAACUUUGGUACUAAAAAGAAUUGGCGAAUUUUCCUAGGUCUCGUUCAAGGAAGAACUUUUCUCCAACAUGUUCUGCUCCCUUCAGCCCAUGAACCAGUAGGCGACGGCUUAACUUGGCACACCGUUCACGACGAAGACGUCGAUGAAUGGCCGUGAUCUCUAGUCACUUCUCAUUCUUCACAGUAAUUGAUAUACGUUGAAGUACAACUUUAUUCUUCUUUUAUACAGUACUUUAAAUUGUAAAUUUUUCAAAUACGUAUGUAUGUGAAAUGAUUAAAAAAAAUAGAAAAUUUGUAAUUAA